AAAAUAAAAACAAAAUGAUCAACUUAUUAGUAUCCUUCUGGUUUGUGCUCAUAAGCUCUGUCUACGCAAAUACUUGCUUUAACAGAUCUGGUUUCUUCGCAUUGAAUGGUGCGUACGACUUAAACCGACAAGCCAUGCUCUCUUCCCUUCCUUCUAACGUCACAGCUAAUGAUGGCUUCUAUACCACGUCGACGGGACAAGAUUCCAACAGAGUAUACGGUUUAGGGAUGUGUUUCCCAGGUACUGAAGCACAAUCUUGUUCUGAUUGUAUCACCGCUGCGUCUAAUGGGUUGGUAAAGAACUGUACCAACCAGAUAGAUGCUCUAGACUGGAGGAUGUAUGGAACUACACUUUGUCUUGUGCACUACUCAAACCGCUCGUUUUACGGAUCGCUCGAUAUGGAAAUUAUACGGAGUGAUAAUUAUACUAGAGAUGUUCAGGCUAACAUGACGGAUCUAGAGCUUACAUGGGAGGCUUUGAUGAUUGGUUUGAUAGAUCAAGCUUCCUCUUUGUACUACGCAGCGAGAACGCAGAAGCUUCAGUCGUCUAUCUCCCACGUUUACGGUGUUGUGCAGUGCAGUAGAGACAUAUCUCUUGAAAACUGCACCCGGUGUCUACAACAAAACGUGAUUGAGUAUAGGUCUUGUUGCCGUGGGAGAGAAGGAGGCAUUUUUUCUAGGCCGAGCUGUUUCAUUCGGUGGGAAGUUUAUCCGUUCUUGGCACUUUUGGAUAAUAUGCCUCCUCUUGAGAAAGAUGGAAAAGGUAUUUCUACAGGAACUAUUGUGGCAAUUGUCCUUGUUCCCAUCUUGUUGCUUGCUCUAGGAUUUGCUAUUUGGAAGAGGAGAAAAUCGCAUAAAGCAUUUACAACUGCAAAUGGUUAUUUCUCUGCUGCAAUGAGAUUAAAGAAUCCUUAUGAUACUGAACCGCUAGAUAACGCUGAGGAUGAUAUUUCAACUUCAGGUUCACUUCAAUUCGAUUUAAAAGCUAUCGAGGCUGCAACAAGUAAUUUUCACAACAUUAACAAGCUUGGUCAUGGUGGAUUUGGAGAAGUUUACAAGGGAACGUUUCCGAAUGGAACAGAGAUUGCUGUGAAGAGACUAUCUAAAACUUCAGGACAAGGUGAAAGAGAAUUCAAGAACGAGGUGCUUCUUGUAGCUAAACUUCAACAUAGAAAUCUUGUUAGGCUUCUUGGGUUUUGUGUCCAAGGAGAGGAAAGGAUAUUAGUCUACGAGUUUUUGCCCAACAAGAGUCUUAACUACUUCCUCUUUGGUGAUUCAACAAAGAGGAGCCAAUUAGAUUGGACAAGACGGUACAAGAUCAUUGGAGGGAUCACUCGAGGAAUUUUGUAUCUUCAUCAAGAUUCACGGCUUACAAUCAUACACCGUGAUCUCAAGGCCAGCAAUAUUUUAUUAGAUGCAGAUAUGAACCCGAAAAUUGCGGAUUUUGGUAUGGCUAGGAAUUUUAGAAUAGACCAAACGGAAGAUAACACAGGAAGAGUAGUUGGAACAUUCGGUUACAUGCCGCCGGAGUAUGUUGCGAAUGGGCAGUUCUCGACUAAGUCUGAUGUGUAUAGUUUUGGAGUAUUGAUUCUAGAGAUUAUUGGUGGAAAAAAGAAUAGUAGCUUCCACGAGAUAGAUGGUUCAACAGGCAACUUGGUUACAUAUGUAUGGAGGCUUUGGAACAAUGAUUCAUUGUUGGAAUUCGUAGAUCCGGUCAUAGGAGAUAACUAUGAUAAGUAUGAAGUCAUAAGAUGCGUCCAUAUUGGGUUAUUAUGUGUUCAAGAAAAUCCAACAGAUCGUCCAAGCAUGUUCACAAUAUUUCAGAUGCUCACUAAUACUUCAAUUACACUGCCUGUGCCCCAACCUCCCGGGUUUUUCUUCAGAGUCAGAUCAGAGAAUAUCCCAUUAGCUGAGAGCUUUCAGCCAGGUCCGUCCACUAGCAUGUCCAUUGCUUGUUCUGUAAAUGAUGCAACGAUCACGUGUGUUAGUCCUCGUUGAAAGCCAGGCUAUUGUGUAAUAUAUAUAUUCUUUAAUUUCAUAAACGAGUAUUAGUAAUGAAACCUAGUGAAGUAACUUGGGUGAGAAUCCAUGCACCUGUUUUGUAACCUAGUGAAGUCAGGUAUCAAGACCGUCAUGAAGUUCAUCCACAGCCAAACAUCUAUCUUAUCAGUCAUUUACCAUUGCACUGAAACAGAAAAUCGAUCUCCCUUACAAAAUUCAAAUGUCUCCUUUGUAAAACAAGACAUUUGCUAUAAAAAGGGAAGCAAUUUCUCUCCCAAUAGAUCUGGUGGUUGUAAAACCCUGAAAGUAUACGUGUACAGAUUAAUAUAGUCGAGUCUUCUUAACGGAGAAGUCUCGGUGAAGCGUCCCUGCCCUAAUCGUCUUGGACUGGUCCAUGAGAUCCAACAAGAAAAUAUUUUUACUCUUUCUUAUGAUUUUUUUUGUCAAAACAAUUCUAGGAUUCACGUACUUGUUUGCUCUCUCGAAGUCAAAGAGAAGUUCCAGGUCUUAACUUAUUCUUGGUUUCUCCACACUCCUUUAGGCGUAAGGGAUCUUCAUGAAUUCAUAUAGUGCACAUGAAUUCUUAUAUUUUUAUGUUCUUUAUAAAACGCUGGAAUUGCGACUUUUACUUAAUCUCCUCUCACCGAUCACCCUUUGUUUCCUCACCUUUUCAAAUUAGACAUUCUUCGUGUACAUGUAUGGACUCUUAUACAAAAGUCAGUACUCUCUAUCUUAGCUUUUAACUACUCGGUUAGCUCUAACACUAAAGCCUUUAAUUUGGGCUUGCAAUGUUUUAUUUUUUUCUGCAAUUUAUAUACGAACUUGAGGAAAUUUUAUCAGGUCUUUGCAAGCGUGGGCCAGUUUCUUUCGACGACACAUAUAUAUACUAGGCUCGGUGUGUUAACUGAUCUAAACGAAUAUUGUUUUGCAAUUUCACUGAGCCUCAAAAUAUGUUUUUUUGUCAAAUCGCUAAAUUAUAUAUUUUUUUUGUAAAAACCGUAAAAUUAUAUGUUUUCAACCAAAAUCACUAAAUUAUAUAUUUUUUUGUCAAAACCGUAAAAUUAUGUGUUUUCAACCAAAAUCGCAAAAUCAUAUAUUUUUUUCUUAUAAAAACCUGUAAAAUUACUUUUCCUUCUAAAGCCAUAAAAUCAUAUUUUCUACUGGCAAAGUCAUAUUUUUCUGCAAAACCGCAAAAUAUAUUUUUCUCCGCUAAAAUAGCAAAAUUAAAUUUUCCCAUUGAAACCAUAGAAUAACUUUUUCUAGGCCAAAACAAUAAAAUCAUAUACUUUUCUUCCAAAAUUGUAAAAUCGCUUAUUCUCACAUCAAGAUGUAGAUGCAAGUUAAGAAAACAAACAAAGUUACAUCUAGAUGAAUGUACAACAAAUAUACAAAUGAACAACAUCCAAAUAGAGUAUAUCUAAAUAAGAUGUUGUUUCCAUCUAAAUGGAGCAGAUUCCAGUUGUACAAAAGAACUGCCUUUUACUUUUUCCCAUCAUUGUUUGUAUGUUCCCAAGUUCAUAUUAAAUUUUCAAUAGUUUCAAUAUUUAUUUUCUCGUUUUCUUUUUAAAAGUACUAGGAUAAAUCCGCCCUACGGGCGGAACAAUAGUUUAAAAAUAAUAUUGAAACAUCUUAUAUUUGAAUGAGCAUUUGUAAAUAUAAAUUUAUUUUAAUUAUAAAUAUAAUUUUCACUAUUUGUUAUUUUAUUUUUGGUAGAGAUCACAAAUGUUUUUUGAUUAUGAUGGUA